CUUGACUCGAUUCAAACUCCCUUUUUUCUUCAUGUCAAGCUCACAUGCUCAUUGGAAUCGACAAGAAUCUUAUAAAGAGACUUAUGAUACAUUCUACAAACUAAAGCAAGACGUAUUGUUACUAAAAAAGAAGUCUAAUAUUCAUUGGCCUGUUCAGACUUAUUCCUCAAAAGUCAACAAGAUUAAAGGACGUCAUGGCUAUACAAAUACACCUAAACAUUAUGCUUCUAAACUCAAUAUCACUAAAGUACCUGUCUAUAAGGCGCAGCCAUGGGACCCACAAUUGACAGGCAAGCGUCCUCCCACUCGAUAUCAUACAACCAAUACAGCCAACUACCACGAUCCAAUCUUUGAUGAUGUGAGUGAUUAUGUAGAUCAUCAACUGUCCAAGCACAAAGAAAAAGACACUGUACAACAAGAAAACAAAGUAGACUUAGUCAAAGAUCUAUCGAUACAGUUAGUAGAUAAAGUGCUUCAUCAAAUGAUGAACACACAACAACAACAAGCUCAUGAUUGGGAAUUUGUUUUGUCAAAUCUGAUUCAGACAGCCUCAUUACCUCCAGCUGUCAUUGAUCGUAUACAAAGAGAAAUGGAAAUGAAAACUGCAAAAGAGACACCAGGUAAGGAAACACAUAAGCCAAUAUACGUACUUAUCUAUCUCAAGUCAUCACUGCCUUUAAUGUCACACAGUCUCCAUUGUCAGACCUCACUAUGUCGAAUACUGAAUCUGAAAUGAACCGUGUCAUGAAAUCAUUAUCUGAAGAACAAACAAGACAGCAAUUUCAAGCAGAACCAGGAGAUGAACCAUUUAUAAAAGAUAUGCAAUGGCUUAUGUCACUCUCUCAACAAGACCCUCAUACCCAACAAAAAGAAGCCCACAAAAUCCAAACUGACUAUACAAACAAAAAGCUCGAUUUGAAAAG